UGUAAAUAAAAGCCGAUUUGGUAACGUUUAGUUUAGAGGAAAACCGAUUUAAAGAUUAACUCUUAACAGCAGCAUACAUGUAUGCAGUUUAGGUGGUUAAUACUUUAAGAUGGAAUGGAUGAAAGGAGAGUAUUCCAAGUUGAUAAGUUUUGUCUCGGCAUCAAGUGAUGACAGAAGUAGGAAAAGGAAAACUGAAAACAGGAAAGUAAAUAGAAAUUUAGAGGGAACAGAAGUAAAGAAUUUUUAUGAAGAAAUUAUAAAUGAAGAAAGCUCAGCUUCUGUAAAAAGUGAUGAAAUACAGACAAGUAGAGAAAAAGUGUGUCCGGGAAAAAGAAAGAAAGAUAAUAGUUGUUCUAAAACACAAGUGAUUAGAUCAGACAUUACCCAUAUAGAUAUUAACAGGUAUUUAAGAUAUGCCCAGGAAGGAAAUUUAAGACUGUUAAAGGUACAGAUUUCAAAAGGUGUUCCUGUUGAAAGUCAUGAUCGAUAUGGCUGGUCUGCUUUAAUGUGUGCGGCACACUCUGGUCAGUUAGAUAUUGUAAAAUAUUUAUUAUCAGCUGGUCUCAAAACAGAUAUAGUUGAUAGACAUAACCAAAGUGCUUCUGACAUUGCACGCUUGGCUGGAUUCACAAAUAUAUCAGAAUUCAUUGAAACCUGGAAACCUGGAUCAAACCAGGUCAAUUUUCCAAUAGAAAAACGCAAAUACAGCUGUGAAUCAUUUUAUUGUGACAUUUGUAAACAAAAAUUUACAGAAAGUUCUGUGAAAAAUCAUGAAAGCUCUAUGGUUCAUAUAUUCAACUCUAAAAAGAAAGCAAAGGACGAUCCGUUUCUAAUUCCAUCUUCCAAUAGAGGUUACAGGAUUAUGUUAAAAAGUGGUUGGGAUGGCAAGGAAGGAUUAGGAUCAGAAGGACAAGGUCAAAGAUAUCCAGUUAAAACAGUUUUGAAACAAGAUAGAAAGUGCCUUGGUUCUGAAAAAGGAGAAAAACCUAAAAUAACUCAUUUUAAUGCUAAUGACAAGAUGGCCAUUACAAAGAACCCAGAGAGGAAAUUGUCAAAGCGAGGCUUAAGUAGAAAAGACCAAAAACAAAAAUUGAAAAAACAAAAACAGUGGGAAAGAAAUUUAAGGACAUCUAUGUCACUUGAUUUUUGACGUUAACAAAGGCAACAACUUAUACAUUGCAGCUAUAUUUAAUUAAGAUUUGAACACAUAUUUUAUGAUGUCCUCCUUUAUGCUAGAAUACAAUGUUGAAACUGAAGUGUUACAUUUCUUAAUUUUAUUUCAAGUUCUGCACUUUUACUGCAUACCCAAACAUGUUUCAUUUGAUUAGCUGUCCUGGACCAUAUUGUGACUACAUGUAUGUGAGCAAUGACAAUCACUUUGCAUCAGUCAGAUAUUUUAUCUUUUUAAUCUGCUUGCCCCAAGUUUAAAUAAAAUGAUAAAUACUUUGUA